GCCCUUAUCUCUCUUUCGCUCGUCUUUUCUUUCGUGCUUCCUUUUUCUAUGAUCCAUCCAUUGUUUUACCCAAUAACUUGAAACAGCACGCGCCCCCGUCAGACAAUACGACAAGGCUCACAUUAGUAUCCCUUGCGGGAAAAUCAUCAUGUCACACAUUGAGCAGAGUCGCGACCAAAUGGUCUCAGCGAUGGAUUUAGAUGGUACAAACAACGGAGCUGCUAAGGGAAGUUCUGAAACCACCGGCAAGGCCAAUGUCACGGUUCAGGGUAUAGCGCCACAGCAAGAGCAGCUCCCCUCCUCAGGGGAUGAGCUUGAUCACCUUUUCAGAGCCGAGGAGGGCUAUGACCAGCCAGCAACAACACGGAGAGAACUAUGGUCUUACUACCUUUACUACAAUGGUGAUAAUGGAGUUGGUCCUGGCUCUUAUUCUCAAGCACUAUUCCAGUGGGCCCUGACCGGUGCGGGCUGGCAGCCAGGAACGGAACCACGUGAGCCCUGUACGGCCUCAUCUGCGUGCGUAGUUCCUUGGGCUGGAGGCACUCGAUCUGUCUCAUCGGUCAUUCUCAUUGCGAAUGGGCUCUGCUUUGUUUUCAUGACGGUGAUCUUUGUUUGGUUGGGCAGCGCUGCAGACUAUGGCUCCUUUGGUCGCUGGUUACUCUUAGUCCUAACCGUGGUCUGUUGGGCUUUACAGUACGGUAUGAUGGCGAUCAAACAUCCCAGCCAAUGGCCUGCGGCGAUGGGCAUGUAUGUGGUAGCAUAUAUUGCGUAUGGUGCUACUUUGGUAUUCUACGCAGCCGUUUUCCCUCGGCUUGCACGCUUUAUGCCCCACGUCCGCAAGGCCCGUGAAGAGGAUCUGCCGGAAGGAAAAAUCACUUUAGAGGAGUAUGAUGCGAUAGAGUCGCUGGAAAGAAACCAUAUCAGCAACGUGUCGACUGCACAUAGUAACAUUGGAUACCUCCUCACAUUGGCCCUCAAUCUGAGCGUUUUGCUGCCACUUCAGGGGAACAACUACUCGAACAACCUUGCCCUUUGUCUGACGAACUCUUAUUGGGUUAUCCUAGGUGUGUGGUGGUUCAUUUUCCAGCAGAGGCGGCCUGGGCCUCCAGUCCCAAAGGGCUCAAGCUAUGUAACGAUCGGCAUCAAGCAGAUAUUAGCCGCGCUUCGAGAAGUUCGGUCUCUACCGCAGACGCUUCUUUACUUUCUUGCUUACUUCUUACUGGCUGAUGGACUCAACACAACUGGGACACUCGUCAGCAUCAUCCAGAACAAUCAGGUAUCAUUCUCAUUCCUCCAAUUAACAUACCUCGGCAUUACUCAAGCAGUAUGUUCAACGGUCUCGACCUUCGGAUUCUGGUAUAUCCAGAGGUACUUUAAGAUACGUACCAAGCGAAUGUUUCUCAUUACCAACUUCUUCAGUGUGUUUAUCCCUUUUUGGGGUAUGCUAGGCCUCUGGACAGCACGCAUCGGAUAUCAUAAUCGGUGGGAAUUCUACUUCUAUAAUGUUGUCUUUGGUCUGUUUCAAGCCCCAUACUACGCCUACGCCCAAACAAUGAUCAGUGAACUCAUGCCUGAAGGAUAUGAUAAUAUGUUCUUCGCUCUGUUCGGCAUAACUAACCGCGCCUCCUCAAUAAUUGGCCCCAAUGUCAUUCAAGCUAUCAUCAACAACGCACAAAACAAUUGGAUGGGGUUUCCAUUCCUUUUUGCUAUCUGCACCACUGCUAUGAUCAUGGUUAGCUUUGUGGAUGUGGAAAAGGGCCGUAAAGAUGGCCGAAAGUUCGUGCAGAGGAAAAAAGAUUUUCGGUGAACGACUGUGGCAUGAUGAUAAAGACUGGGCACUACGGAUGUGGGGAGGUUCUAGUAUUACGGAACUAUGGUACACAGUGCAAUACCUUAUAUUUAUAAUAAUGACUGUAGUAAAGAUGCUACAUGUUCUCAAUCCCGAAGUGCGUGUACUACCGCCUGUCCAACAGCAGUGAAGAUUUGAGCUCAAGUGCGAG